GGAAAGCAGGUUGUGAAUUUUUUCCUUCAAAAAUAGCCGAAACAAUUAGAAAUUUUCACGCGAUGGUGUUUUUAUUUGCUGCAAAUCAUUAAGUAGCCCAAUACGCUUACAUUCCCUUCUCUGGAUUGACUCUUUUGUUCAAACCCAGAGUUGCUUUUUUAUUGGCUUCAUUCAAUUUGGAGUCAUUUUUGCUGAUUUUAACUUCAAAAUUCACUACAAAGUAUAUUGAAGUGUUUUUGAAAGCUAUCAAAACACGUAAAUUGUCAAAAAUCAAGACUAAAAACUCUCAUUUCAAGCCAACUUAACGUGUUUAUUGUUUUGCACCGACCAGUGUAUUGCUUUGAAUAAUAAUCGAGUUGAUAUCAAUCAUUGUUUUAAACAGGCGAAGCGUUUUUCAAUUAGUUAUGAAUUUAUGCUCGUAAAAACAUUUUGAUGCCACCAUAAAUAUCCCGUGGUCUAAUUGGAAUAAAUAAUUUUUUGAUGACCUACAUUUCAGCUUUUAAAAACAGAUUUUACAGGUUUUUUGAUUGUAACUUAAAAAUUAUGAGUAGUUAUCGAAAUUUUCCGUUAUUUACUUUGUUUAUUCUGUCUGCUCUCAACCUACGACCCACACAUUCAGCAGUCAAGGUCAAAUCACUGGAGGUGUUCACGGAGAUCAGACUAAACUUGGCGGUGACUUGGAGCAAGAUAUCCUACACGUCAACUAAUAUGGGGGCUGUGUCCACGUUCAAGUUCCCAUUCCCCAUGCCAACUAACGCAGUGCUAUCUAACAUCACCAUAACGAAUCCAGUGUACAACACAUAUGUGGUGGUGAAUCCACUGUCCAUGCAAUCGCUCAAGAAGAAACUAACCAACCCAAGCAAGAGAAAGCCAAGCUACAAUGAGUUUGAGUAUGUGGAGUUUGAAGACAUGCGUAUACAUGGGGGAGAGACUUUGACUGUGCUACUCUGUUAUGAACAACUACUCCAGUUGAGGGACUACACUUUCACGCAUACUGUCUACUACCAGCCAAUCACUCCUGUGACGUCAUCUUUCAAGGCUUCCAUCAGGGUUAUAGAGCCUCAGGGUAUCCAAGCAAUUCAAUCCUACGAGUUCAUCGUGGAAGACAGCAUCUACACUAGCGGAUCAUACGUCGAUCCCAACGCAAACUACCCCAAAAUGGAGACAAAAUUCCAGAACCACAACAAGUUCCACCUGCAGAUGGCAGCCUCACGUGACCAGAUAGGGUAUUUGAAGGACAACAGAGUGAAGGGGAAGAUUGUACUGAAGUAUAGGGUGCAGCCUAUCUCAAAUGGACUCGGCAAGUUCUAUAUGAAGAGCGAGUUCUUCGUGUACAAAGUGAGUCCCUCCACUCUGGCCACCAUCCCCAAGAAUGUGAUUUAUGUGCUGGACAGAAGCGGAUCUACAGAGGGAAAGAAACUACAGGCUAUUAAGAACUCCUUCAUCUCUCUACUUCGCAACCUGACCUCGAUUGACAAAUUCUCAAUCAUCAGUUUCUCAUCUGACGUAGAAGUGUUCACGAACUCAAACAACCUCAAACGGUCAUCAGUUUGGGAUAAGAAUAAGGAGCUUUUGUGGGAUCAUUUGAACCCGGAAAACUGUUUGUCUGUUGCGAAUGAGUACAGCAAACUGAAUGCGAUCAACUUCAUCAAUGCACUGACUGCUGAAGGAGAUACGGACGUGAACCUAGCACUGUCUCGUGCAGUGGACUGUCUGCCUCAACCAUACGACUACAUUAAUUUGAUCUACUUCGUCACAGAUGGAAACCCCAAUGUGGGAGUCACAGACAAACGAAAGAUCUUCUCAGCUGUGAAGUCUAAACAGAGAAAGAGGAAGACCAAAGCGCGACUGUUCACAAUUGGACUUGGCAGUGAUGUGGACCAUGCGUUCCUCCAGCAGCUGGCUAGGCAAAACGACGGAUCAUCCUAUGGAGUGGAUGUGGGGGAGGAAAAACCGAUGGCAGAGGAGAUUAAAGACUACUUUCUCUCCUAUUCUCAACCUCUCCUGCGCAAUAUUAUAAUAUCGAUGCCCGAACUCCAAGUGUCCGACAUCAGCACAACUUCAUUUGUCACAUUCUACCGGGGAUGCGAAAUAUGGUUGGCUGGCAAACUAACCGGUCAGAACACGGGAGAGUUGACCAAUCAGGAUGCUCUGAAUGGUAAACUUCAAGCUAGUGUCUAUGGUAGAGCAACCGAGGGGAGUUUGUUCUUUACUGAGUUCGGAUCUCACGAUGAUUAUCCCAGUGUAUUGGACGAGUAUCCGAUUCAUGGACAAGAGAAAGUUUCGCCUAUUGAAAGGAUCUACGCCCUGAAACGUGUGGAGGAGAAGCUGGCCCAAGCAUCGGCCAAACAUCUCGCUCCCAAUGACAAAAUACUCCUCUGGACUGAGGCACAACUGAUCUCUUCCAAGUAUGGGUUCAAAACACAUGUGAUGACAGCAGAGCUAGCUGCAGAUGUGAAAAUUGGAAUCAAAGAGUCACUCUCAAUUGCCAAUGAGAACUAUGAGAAAGCUCUUGAGAACAAAGCAAAGCAAGUGGCCUUCCCUGACAUCCCACCUGAAGUGGACAAUGGCAGUGAAGACGAGGAGGCUUUCGAGGGUGCAGACGGGGACCCCCAUUUCAUCAUCACGUUGAGAGACAUGACUGUGUGUUUCAAUGUGGAUGGACCGAAUGGAAGUAGUGUGUUGUUGCUGAAGGAUCUAAAAAGAGGUAUCGAAGUUCAUGGCCUCAUAACCCAUGGACGAAACUCCGAAAACGAGUCUGCUAGUUAUUUUACGACCAUCACUGUCACACUACACCGAAAACACGACACUACCCGUGAUUACGUAACAUUCAACUCCACUUACGUAACAUUCACUUCGAGUUAUGCAGUAAUGAACUCCAGUUACGGAACAUCAAAUGACGAAUCAUUUCAAUGGAAAGUUGGAUCAGUGUUUAAGCAUGGAAGAAUUGCGCUAAAAAUGAGUCAUCAUAAAGCAGAAGCGGAAAUUUAUUUCGGAGAGAAAAUCCGAAUCAAAGUGAUCCGGCAUAUUCGAAGACGCAAAUUAAUCGAUGGAUCAAAAUUUUCGUUUCUGGGAAUAUAUGUGAUGCGUGGAACUCAGCUGACUAAUUCUUCGAGUGGAUUUUUAGGAAAAGAUUUCUUCAAAAAUGUCACUAUUACGAGUGAACCAGAUCUUGUGAAAUACAACAGCACCUCACAAGUAAUACGCAGCAAUAUUUUGAUUAAUGGCAGCUCCUACCCUGCAAACUACACUACAGUAAUUGACAACUCAAACUUGACCAAGAAAAAGUGCUGGAAAAUAAUGGGAACAUUCUAUGGGAAUUACUCGACUUUUGAAGCCACGGCAUCAAAUAUUAUUAAAACUUCGCAAUAAAAACGACGAAAGAAUAAACUCUUGAUAGUAUUUAACCUUUAGCUUGAAUGAAUUGUGAUUGCAAUCAUAGCAUUGCAUGUGGGCACUGUGCAAUAUGCCAAUGUUUUUUUUUGAAAAUUUGGUGGUAAAAAUUAUGAGUUCAGUGCAAUAAUUAUUAAACAAUUACCUCAAUUAAACAUUUUUUGACAAGU